AUGCCUCUGGUGGACAAAAAGGAUUGGUUUCAGGCCAUUGCGAACAAGAACCAUUCGGCGAUAAGGACUGCCAUCCCUCGAUUUGCGGGGAGCACGAAUGGAGCAGGCGAUACGGGGCUCAUAAUGGCUGCGCGCCUCAACGAUGUGGAACUUGCGCACCUCCUUGCCAAGCAGGAGGCGACCCUCACUAACCCUGAUAAUCUCACUGCCCUUAUGAUUGCCGCUCAGUCGGACCAUCCGCGCGUGGUUGAGGUUCUUGCUCCCCUGGAGUACUCCAUUUUUCUUCCCAACGGCCGCACAGCCCUUUCGCUUGCUGCGGAGGCAGGCCACGACGAGUGCGUGAUGAUUUUGGCCAAGUAUCUAUCCACAGAGCGUGACUGCGACAGCCUCAGCGCCCUUGACUAUGCUGUCAAGAACGACAACCUUAAUUGCAUAAAGGUCAUGCUGAACACACACAAGUUCACGAUAGAUGACAUCACGCACACCCUCAGGUACGCGCACGAGAAGGACGCCGUGGACACAGUUAGGGUCCUUGAGGCCGAGGCUGAGCGAAUCGCCAACCUUUGCUAUGCCCAAGCAACGGCAACACAAUCAUCGGUGACACCUAUCGAGCAGAAAUCGCCGGGCUCUAUGCUCGGCUCCCGCGUCGGCGGCCCGCGGUCUACCCAAAGCAUGAACGGCACCAGCUCCAUGCGCUCUGUCGGCAUGACCGAGUCGAUGCGCUCGGGCGGCCGUAUUGUUACAAGGUUCGCUGACCUUGCAACGUACGAGAAGGAGCUCGACAUGGCACUCACCAAGCUCGACAAAUACGAGGUCGACCGUACGGUCCUCAAGACGGAGAACACGAGGCUCUUCGAAGAGAACACGGAGCUCAAGAAGAGGAUCAAGAUACAGCAGGACCAGCUCGAUCAGAUCCGUGUGCUUGUGCAGUGCAAGUCUCAGGACGCCGAGGAGAUCGCCACGAUCUGCAGGCACUUUAUCAACGAUUUGCAGGCCGAGAAGGCGAAACGCUCCAGGGAGUAUGAGGAGCUCAAGCAAGAUGUCGCCAUCCUCAAGGCGAAGAAUCAGGCCUUCAAGGUUGACUUGAACACUCUCAUGAGCACGAAAAUCGAGCACGAGAAGGCCGCCCAGUAUCUUAAGCAGAACAUUGUCAGCAAAGACGAGGUCCUUAAUGCGCUUCAGGACCAGAAUCGUGAGGUCAUUGAGCAGGCCAAGAUGCUUGAGCACAAGUCCCAAGACCUUGCGAUAGAGAUUGCUAAGCUUUCAGACAACGUCGCUAGGCACAAGAACGAAGCUAUAGGCCUCCGUUCCGUCAUCGAGCUCAAGGAUAAGGAGAUCGAGGAUGUGAAGGCGCAGGUUGAGGAGAUUAAUGAAGUUGUAAGCACAUACAGACAGCGUGCUCUCGCCGUUGAAGACGAGAAGAACGAGAUUCUUAAUGAGGUUGCAAGGCGCAAGGCUGCCUAUAAUGCCCUUGAAAGCAAGAAGGAGGAGCUUGAAAACCAGGUCAUAGGACUCGCAGACGAGCUUACCAAGUCUUCUGUUGCGCUCCAGGCGCUUCAAAAUGGCAUUUCCAACCUGGAGGAUCCAUUUUCCAUCGCUGCCACCGGGGACUUCAUUAACUAUGCAGAUGACGACGAUACGAGUAUUGCGAGGAAGGUCCUUACGGGUGACAAGGGGGCCAUGCUCCGCCACAUUGCCGAGAACGAGAUAGCCGCUUAUGGGAAGGCGAACGAGGAAUCGAUCAGAAAGGCGAGUGAGUAUGUCUCCAAGAGCGAACUGGAGUGGCUGACGGAGCCCGUGAUGCAGCAGAUUAAGCAAGCGAUUCUCAAGGGAGAUUACGACACCGCCAGUCAGCUGACAAACAAAGUACCGCUGGACUUCACAAACCUCCGUAACGAAACAGGCCCGAAGACGUAUUUGAUGAGCGCAGCCGAGCACGGUGAGCUCCUUAAGGUUUGGUUCUAUCGUCCCUACCAAGCCGGAAAGCAGGACCACCACGGGAAGACGGCCCUUAUGUACGCGGCCGAGAAUGGCCACUCUGAAUGUGUCAGGCUCCUUCUCGACCGCGAGGCCGGCAUGACCCUCGAGAACGGAUGGACGGCAUUGAUGUCUGCAGUCCUCAACAAUCACACGGAGUGUGUGAAGAUCCUGGAAACGAAGGAGGGCGGUCUUUCCACGAACGAGCUCCAUGAAGAGGGGGCUGGCUUCACUGCCCUCAUGCUCGCUGCCAAGCUGGGCCAUACUGAGUGUGCGCACUUCCUGCUGAACAAGGAGGCGCCCAUCAAGCACUCCACCGGGCGCAGGGCCAUCUUCUAUGCCAAGAGCGCAGAGAUUAAGAACCUCCUCUCCCUUUUCAACUGA